GUAAGACACUCACAGGCAACCUGGACAAGCAGAAGAGGUCAGCUGGACUCUCCAGUGCUUUGGUAUCCAGCUAGGAUUUGGAUUUGCUGCUGGCUGUGGGUCAAGGGUGUGGAGUGAGGAGGCAGGACCAUGUGGCUGUCCUCAGCUCUGCUGCUUCUCAGUUUCCCAGGCUGUCUCUCUAUCCAAGGCCCAGCGUUGGUGAGAGGCCCAGAGAAGGGGUCGGUGACUGUGCUGUGUCGCUAUAGCUCGAGAUGGCAGGGGAACAACAAGUGGUGGUGUCGCGGAGCAAACUGGAGCACUUGCAGGGUCCUCAUUCGAACCAAUGGGUCGGAGAAAGAAAGGAGGAGCGGCCGCUUGUCCAUCAGGGACAACUGGAGGGACAACUCGCUCCUGGUUACCAUGGAGAUGCUCAAGCAAAACGACACCGACACUUACUGGUGUGGUAUUGAACGAUUUGGAACCGACCGCGGGACCAGAGUUAAAGUGACCGUUUACUCAGUGGGAAAAGAUACCACGUCUUCUUCUAAGCUACCUUCCGCUCUGCCCACUGUGGACAGCAGUGCAUACAUGAUGUCUUCUGACUUGCACAAGAGGACCCACUACAUACUCCUGGUGUUUGUGAAGGUGCCUGUCUUGCUCAUCUUGGCUGGUGUUGUCCUCUGGCUGAAGGGGUCAACUCAGAAGGUCCCCGAGGAACACUGGAGAGAUACCCUCUGUAGCAGUUUGGACUCUGAACCUCUGGCCAAAGACAGUGAUCCUUAGACUGAUGUUUAAGCAGGACCUUCCCAUUCUGGACUCUCGUUCCAGAGACCACGGCCAUGGAAGAAAUGUCUUUAAGUCCUCAGUGGGUAGUGACUGAGGCUGGUGCCCGGAGGGCUCGGCCAGGCAUGAUUUCCACUCUGCACACCAUGGGGCCACCGCUCAGACGCCACCUCCCCCUGAGGUAUCAUCACACCUGCAGUACCAGUCUCUCCCUCCUCCUUUACAUUUUCAUCUGCCCUAUUCCAUCUACCCACCACGGUCAGCCUGGGGUAAGAACUGCUGGAAUGGAGCCCAAGCUGCAGAAAGACAGCUGUGUGUCCCCUGCUGUACAGAGCCUGAGACGAAAGCACAGAGAAGCAAAAGGGACCCAGUGGUGUGGCUAGAUCGUCUGUGCUCUGACUCUGUCAUAGAAAGGUCAGUGAGAGUGCAGCAGGCGCCCAUCCUCUGUCCUGCACACUGAGCCCACCUCGAGCAUGCACUUCUGAGGAAAAGUGAGGCGUGCAGCCUGCCUGGCAGGCCCAGAGUCUGGAGUGUGGAGAACUCAGAUAUCCAUGACUUAGCCACAGGAGCUGGGCUUGCAUUUCCCAGCAGGUGCGUUUUGCUCCAGGGCCAGGAGCAGAAGGCCGCACACUCUUGAAUAGAGCUUCCGACUCCACAGACUCAUGACAUGCUGGUUUUAACCAAAGGUUAGCCAGGGGAGAGCAGCAGAGAGCACGGCAGGCAGAGAGAGCCAUGUGUCUCCCGCCCGCCCUGGGUCCUCCCCACGGCCCGCACUGCAGCAUCUGCACCCCAGAGGAAGUCCGGGCUAGGGUGACUCGUCAGAGCAACUGCCAACAGCACCAGCCAGGAAGGUGGUGAGAAUGGUCCCUUAUCAGAGAGUUCUUCUGCUUUUAACUGUGGUUGGGGGUGGGGGGAGCCUAACAUGUCUUUUUCAAGAGUUUCUAGUGCACAGCACAGAGCUAAUAUGCACACUGCAAAGGCAGCAAAUCUCUGGAACAUUCUCAACUUGCAAGACUCAGCCUCUAAGCCCACUGGGCAAAACCCACACCCCACCAGGCCCUGACUACCACCAUUUCACUCCCCACUCCUCCUUCCCCCUCCUGCCUCAAUAAGUUUUGCUAAUGCACCUGAGUGGAAUCAUGAGGCAUUUGUUAUUCUGGGAUUGCUUUAUUUUAGUUAGCAUCAUGUCCUAAAGGAUCAUCCAUCUUCUAGCCGAUGACAGAAUUCCUUUAGGUUAAAUGCUGGAUAAUAUUCCACUGUGUGGAUGUAACACCCAUUUACUAAUAGGCCUUUUGGCUGUUUCUAUGUUUGUGGACAAUGAGCAUUGGUGUGUUGGUAUCACGUUGAGAUGCUGUCUUCAGUUCUCUUGGAUAUGGUCAUUAUGGUUAAUCCUGAUUGCCAAUUUGGCUGGGUUUAGAAUCACCUUCGAGCCGGGCGGUGGUGGUGCACGCCUUUAAUCCCAGCACUCGGGAGGCAGAGCCAGGCGGAUCUCUGUGAGUU